CAAAUAAACACGAAGAAGAAGACAACGACGGCGGCGAAGAAGAAAAUCCAGCCGCCUGUUGCCUACUUUCUUUUUGAAACGCCAAUGGAAGCGUUGGUGUCAAAAUUUACAUUUUUACAAAUAUUUUUUAGUCAACUGUGAAGUAGAACGAGGUCCAAGUGGCUAUUUGAAGACUUCAAGUAACCUCAAUGGCAUCCCCAAGCUUGCAGCACCCUGGCUUCCUUCUGUCCAACCUGAAAGCAGAUUCGUCCACCAAGACUCUUUUCCAUCGAUGUCAGGACCUUGUCAAAAUCAUCGAGGACUACCCCGCAAAGGAGCUGCACGCUAUUUUCUCGUGGCUGGUGGAGAGUGUCUUCGGAAGUCUCGAUGGCGUCCUCGGAGGAUGGAACCUUCGCCUUUUGCAGUCCCGCUGCAACGAUUUCCCGGUCGUUGUGGAAUUCCUGAAGCCGAGUGGGGCCAUGAUGAAGCUGGUUUACAAACUUCAGGCCGAAGAGUACAAGUACGAAGUCCCUGUCAAUUAUCUGCCGGCUCCAGUGAAAGCCUCCAUCCAGGAAGGCGUCCUUCCAGACUGUCCGCUCUUUCACAACCGGCCGCACUUCCCUAUUUCUGGCAUGCUGACUCUCAACAUGGCGCUGAAUCCUUUCGAGUUCUUCAUGUUCUAUUUUGCGUCCUGUCUCAUCACACCAAAGAACUUUUCUUCGGGCCAACACAGUGCCACUGACAGCGCCUACUUUGUAUUGGUGGACAUGUACCUCAAGUAUUUCUUGCCUACUGAAGGAAGUGUACCCCCAUCUCCCUUUUCUGACAACAGAGGCUCUGUCAGCGCGCCUCCUGCCAGAUCGUCCAAUAUUUCCUUGGCAGGUUAUGGCAUCCAUAGUCCAAGUCUCUUGAAGCAUCACAUCUUCCAUCAGCCCUCAGUCAACGCAGAUCCUGCAGCGCAGGAAAUCUGGAGGUCGGAAACACUGCUGCAGAUGUUUGUGGAAGUGUGGCUCCAUCACUACUCUUUAGAGAUGUACCAGAAGCUUCAGUCUCCUCAGGUAAAGCUGGCGCUGCUACAGUACCGCCUCAGUAUGUCCAGCAUGCCGUGCCAACCUCACGUCCCAUCAGGCUCUGGGACCCUCCACACCUACCAAGUACUUAAACCUUUUCAUUCACCCCCGCCCCUUUGGGGCCUCCUGGAGGAACCCUUCAGCCCGACUGAGGAGCACGUGCUGGUGGUGCGUCUCCUGGUCAAACAUCUGCACGCCUUCAACAACAGCCAGAAGCCUGAGCAGCUGUCAUCCUCUCCCACGACCCACUCGCAUGCCCACGCCAGCCCGCUGGAGGAGUUCAAGAGGGUGGUGGUGCAGCGUUUUGUUCAGCAGAAACUUUUCCUCUUUCUGCAACACUGCUUUGGACAUUGGCCUCUGGAUGCAUCUUUCCGAGCGGUGUUGGAGACAUGGCUGAGCUUCAUUCAACCAUGGAGAUACAGUGAAGAAAAGACCACCAGCCCCCCAGCUGAAGGUGACCGAAGCGACCCCGACAAAUGGGAGUCGUUUGUUGAAGAGAACCUGCUUGUGUACACCAAGCUCUUCCAGGUCUUCCUGAAUAGAGCCCUCAGAAUGGACCUGGUCAAUGCCAAAAACGCUCUUAUGGUCUUUCGUGUGGCUAAAGUGUUUGCUCAGCCAAACCUUGCGGAGAUGAUCCAGAAGGCUGAGCAGCUCUUUCUUGAGCCGGAGCUUGUCCACCAUCAUCGGCAGCCGCGAGGCUUCCUGACCCCGAGCCAAGGAGGCAGCUUCCUGUCGUCACGACAACGCAUGGUGACUGACGCCGUGUUUCGGGUGAAAAGUCACGUGUACUCCUUGGAAGGCCAGGACUGCCAGUACAAGCAGAUGUUUGGUUCCGAGCUGCGAGCCGUGGUGGCGAAGUUGAUCCAGAUCAUUGCACAAGCCAGACAAACGGCUAAACGGAUCUCAGAUCAGUCGACUGAAGCGGCAGCCAACAAGUCUUUCCUGUCUUGGUUCACCCCGUCUUUCUCUGAUAUGAACAACGGGCUUUGUGGCGCAGACCUGGAGGACAGUAACGAGUUUCUGAAGAAGACUCAUGAGUUCUUGGACCGAGCGCUGGAGAACCUGUGUGGCAUCUUCAAGCUGAGCCAGAGUCAGCUGACUCAGCUUCUCUCCAGCGUGACGUCUUCUCCGGCUGAUGGCGAGUCCAGACUGCCGGAUUGCAUUAUGGGACAAUACGGCCUCAUCCUCACAGACUUGGGCAGGACGCAGAUCAUCAACGGACUGCGCCGGUUUGACAUUCAAUACCAAGGCGACCCAGAGCUGCAGCCAAUCAGGAGCUACGAGAACGCACUUCUUGUCAGGUUCUUGUACAGGAUGUCGUCUUUGCUAAACAACAAGUUUGGAGGUCACAUGUCUAGACUGUGCUCGCGGCCGGACUUUCUGGGUCGCCUAGGUCGGCACUACCUAGCUGAUUCGAGAGUACCCUGCGCUCUGACACGUAGUCCCACGUCACCACGGUGGUUGGACAGGAAGCGGUCUGCACGUGUGAGCUUGCGUCCGCUGGCCAGCUACAGGACGCUCUUGCUGCUGCUGCUGUGCUACGCGUUGGGCGCCAUCUUUUCCUACGGGCCCGUGUCAAGCACACUCUUCAUUCUCACCGCCGCAUUCCUAUACGCCGUGGUCAUGGCUGUGUUUGUGGACAAAUUGAAAACACAAUAGCGCAGGCGUUGGGGUUGCUUGACUCGUUCCACUUUCAGGACAUGGUCAGAGAAUUGCAGAUCCAGCUUGUUCUGGAAAUGUUCUGCUUAAGUUCUUCUGCAGUUUUCACCUCAAAAAUAUAUUCUUUACAAAA